UUAUUGCAUUGUGGGGUGGGAUGAGAGCUCUCUGAUUUGUACAUAUUUGUAGUUGUCUGUACAGUGCUUUUAUAUCAAAUGUCUGAAAAGAAAGGGAGAAGGCAACUUCUGUCAUCUUUUGUCUAACUUGUUUGUUUUCUUUCUUAUCUCUCUUAAUUGAUCAAGAGCUUCAGCUUUCAUCCUGAUCAUUUCUUUAGGUGGAGUAAUAUCUGCAAAUUGAUCUCUUUGAAAGUUUGUUCUUUUUGGCAUAGCAUAGAAAGAAGCAAGUAGUUAUGGAUGGUUCUCUCUCUCCAAAACUGGACAAGGAGGUUACUGAGUCUGAACUCAAAUCAGAAACUGAAACUCAGGCUUCCAAAAGAAGGAAGGUGGUUGAGAAGACUGUUGUUAGAGUGAAGAUUGGCGAAAAUGCGGGGAAGCUAAAGAAUGAAGGUCCACCUUCAGAUUUUUGGUCUUGGAGGAAGUAUGGACAGAAGCCAAUUAAAGGUUCCCCAUAUCCAAGGGGGUACUACAAGUGCAGCACAUCAAAAGGAUGCUCAGCCAAGAAACAAGUAGAGAGGUGUAGAACAGGUGCUGCAGUGCUUAUUAUCACCUAUACCUCCUCCCAUAAUCAUCCCUGUCCUACUGUGCAGAACAUUAAUUUGACCCAACAAUUCAAAGAACCCGAAACCCAAGUCCAAGGCACUGAGGACCGCCCCACUACCCCUAAGCAAGAACCACGAGAGGAAAAGGAAGAGACACAGAAUGAAUUCACUGUCACAAUGACCACCAUUGAUGAAGAUGUAAGCGAGGAUCAAUUUCAUUAUUUGCAAUCCCCUAUAAGCUGUCCCCAAGACAUCAUGAUUAACCCUGAAGACCGUUUCACAGAGAAUAUAGAAAAAGAUAAGGGCACACUGAACCUUCUCUUGGAUAAGGAGCCCCUCUCUUCUUAUCCAAAUCUCAUGACAUGUUCAACUCCCAAGUCAGAAGAAAAUGACUUUUUUGAUGAGCUUGAAGAACUACCCACAUCUUCAGUUUUCAAUAGCUUCAUCAGAAGCAAUCUUUUUGAUGAGAGGAUUCCUGCUGUCCCUUCUUGAUCCAAGUGUUUUUUUAGUGUUUGCAGCCUUAGCAAAUUUGUAAUUAAAAUGUUGAUACAUGGGAUGCCAACUACUAUUAGUUUUUACUUCAA